GCGCGGCUUCGGGUUACAGAGCACGGAUAUGGAAGCUAAGCUACGAGUUAGCAUUUAGUUUUCGUUAAUAUUAAUCAACUUUUUCAGGGGAAGUGGAGAAUUAUCAUCCCGCACGCACGCACCCAGACACACGCACGGCGCGGGCUCAUUUUUCACGCAGUGAGUGGACUUCCGGUGGUGUUUUGGAAGUUGUUUUUGUGGAGAAGGGGGUGUGUUAGCAGCAUGAGGCUAGCUGGAGGAGCUAACUGUGUGAUUUAUUCAUGUUGACACUCCGGGAUUGGUGGAGGACGGCAGGACACGUGCUUCCUGGUUGAAUCUGAUUGGCUGUCUCCUAUCUCCUGUAGCUGGCUGUGAUUGGCUGAUUGUUCCCCAGGAUGUCCCUAGAUAAAGACGCUGUCCUCCCUCAUGGCUGUCCCGUCCAGCUCAGCCAAUCAGAGCAGCCCCCGCUGGCCAAGACACGCCCCCUCAAACGCCCCCUCCCCACCCAGCCAAUCGCAAAGAGGCGCUAUUCCAUGGGCGUCAGCCUUAAGGGGCCGGCCAAGCGGCGUCGCCGCGCCAACAGCGACAGCCAAUCAGAGCCUGUCCUGCCGAGCCACUUCCUGCUGGGGGGGAACAUCUUCGACCCUCUGAACCUGAACUCUCUGUUGGACGAGGACGUGAACAGGGCCACCAAUCAGGAGACACCAAAGUGCUCGCCCCUGCCGUCGCGGGGCGGAGACCCUGUAGAGAUCCUGGUUCCCCGUGACAUCACUGACCCGCUUAACCUGAAAGGGGGCGGAGCUGAGGGAGGAGGCGGAGUCCUGCUGUCCCCCCUGAAGUCCAGGAAGAGACACCGGCCCAGACACCAUGGAGGAGGAGGAGGAGGAGGAGGAGAGAAGGAGGUGAUACCAGCUCGACUGUUUCCUCCUGCGACUCAACUGACAGGUGCAGCUCCUCUGUUGGCCACAGAGGGCAGCGUUCCUGCGUCUCCGCUCCCCUGUGAACUCAACACGGCCAUCACCUGUCGAGAUGACCUGGCCCCGCCCCCUAUCCUCCCGAGAAGGCACACCCACCCUCUGCCAGGCCCCGCCCACAGGCCUGGCAGCCAAGGCGACAAUCGCCAUCGGAGACGGCGGCGAACGACCUCGACCAAGUCAACGGAUGUUACAGUCACCACGACAACCACAGCCAUGCCAACCAAAUUCCAGACGCCGCUGGUGGGCGGGGCUAAAGCUGGCAGGUGUGGAGGACCUCAGACCAGCCGUGCUUGGCCACCACAGAAGAAGAAGAAGGACAAGCACCGCUACCAAUAUGGCAACCACAGCCGUUACUACGGCUACCACGGUUUCUAUGGCGAUCGGUGGGAGGGGCGGGUCGGGGUGGAGGAGGACGCACGGCUCCGCCUCCUGGAAGCUGAUUGGUUCAGAGACAAGACUGUGCUUGAUGUGGGCUGUGGCCCUGGUCACAUGACACUGGCUCUGGCCCGCAGGUUUAACCCCACCCACAUCCUGGGGGUGGAGCUAGACCAGCGACUUGUCCACGCAGCCAAUCAGAACAUCAGACACUUCCUGUCACAUGACCUGGUGGUGGAGGAGAGAAAGGGGAGGGGCGGGACAAUAGCCCCGUCUCCUCCCCAGCACGAACAGGGGGAGGAGGGGGGAGGAAAGGAGGAGGUGACGGAGGUGAUGGAGCAGGUGAUGGAGGACUUGCUCUCCUUCCCCCUCUCCUUCAGGGUGAGUCGAGGUCCUCUCUCUGCUCCUCCCCUCCUCCUCACCUCCUCCUCAUCCUCCUGCAGGUUCCCCAACAACGUUACCUUCAUCCAGGGUGAUUACGUGUCAGAGGAGGCGUGGCCUGGGCGGGGUCAGUACGAUGUUGUCAUGUGUCUGGGCGUGACCAAAUGGGUUCAGCUGCAGUCAGGUGACGGGGGCGUGGCCAGGCUGUUCAGGCGAGCCUAUGAGAGCCUGUCGCCGGGCGGAUUAUUGAUCCUGGAGCCUCAGCUGUGGAGCAGCUACAGCCGCAGCAAGAGGGCCUCGGAGGACACGUACCGUCACUUCAGGACUUUGAGGCUCAGACCUGAACUCUUCACCUCCUUCCUGACAGACAGCGUGGGCUUCACCUCCUACAGACUCCUCAGACACUCAGGUAACCAGAGGCCCAUCUACCUGUUCCACAAAGGCCCCGCCCACAGGAAGUGACGCUGUGACCCGGACAGGAUGGGACGCUUGUUUCGGUGGAGACAGACAGAGAGGGUGAACAGUGGACUCUGUUUGAUGACAUCACACAUGAGAAGAGACUGAACCGGACCUGAUUGGAUGAGAGCAAAGGAUUGUGGGUGAUUUCACAGAUACUGAUCAGAGACAGAAACAUCAUGUGACUCCAUCUCUGCUCCCUGAUUGGACGCUGGCCGCUGACCGGAAGCCAUCUUUUCACAAUAAAGAGAAUUUAUCAGCUGAUGGA